AUGGUAUUCAUCCGUCCAUCCACGGUUUCCUACCCGACUGUAUGGCGCCGUUUCUCCGUACAACGCGGAGGCACCACCGCCUACCUGCGCAUCCAGGAUCUGACUGAGGACAUGUACGAACCUGCUGUCCAGUUGCUGAUCAAGUACUUCACUAGGGAUGAACCGCCUUGCAAGUAUAUUGGCAUCCGUAAGCACCCGGUAGCGAUGGCGGAACUCGAGAAGCUAUGGAGAAAUACAAUUAAAGACAAAUUGUCUCUGGUCUGCGUGGAGGACAACGACAGCUCUGCCAUCGUCGGAGUGAAUGCCUUGACCGUGGCCUGUAAGGAUGACCAGGAGGAGCCAUUCAAGACGGAGGACAAAGUGUGGGCGACACUGUUCGGUGCUGUGGACCUGGUGACUCGAAGUGUGGACAUCUUCACAACCUUCAACGUGGACAAGUAUCUGACUGCGUACGGCCUCGUUGUGGCCGAGGACUGGAGGGGCUGCAAGAUUGGUAAAGAGUUACUCGAGGCUCGAAUCCCUCUCUGUAAAGCGCUGGACCUCAAGUUGACAGCUACAGUGUUCACAGCUGCGGCGUCUCAGGCCGUAGCCAGGAAAGCGGGCUUCGUGGACCUGAGUGAGAUCACAUAUGAAGAACUUGCGAAGAAGGGAAUAGUGUUCCCUGGUAUCGAGGAAGACACGAAGUCCUCUAAACUAAUGGCGUUGGUUGUUGCCUAAA